AUGACUAUAGUCUCCAUCAUCUUGUGGCAAUGCAAAUGCAAUCCAUUAUUAGCAAAUGGAAGCAGCUUGAGUGGUUUCACCACAGAUCUGAUCCACACAGACUCUCCUCUCUUGAAUCCUUCCCUGACGCUGGAGCAGCGCGCCGACAACGCCAGGAACCGGACCCUGGCCCGGGCCAGACGCUACGCUCGGGGCACGCCCGAGGGCAGCCUCCUCUACGAUAAGGGAGCAUACAUGAUGCACUUGUUCGUGGGCACCCCUUGGAAGCAAGCCAUGUUGUACGUCGACACCGGCAGCCCCUUGAUAUGGACCCAGUGCUCCCCCUGCAAGAAAUGCACACCCCAACGCUACCCCCUCUUCGAGCCUCUUGCGUCCGAGACCUACAGACUCACCCGCUGCGGCUCCAUCGGCUGCCGGGCCUUCGGCUCCUCCGGGUAUUGCGACCAGAAGAGGCAAAAGUGCCUUUACCUGUCGCAAUACUCGGACGGGUCCCGGACGGGCGGAUCCGUGGGGACAGACACCUUCACCUUCCACACCGGCGAGCGGGGCCUGGUGAGCUUCCCCAAGAUCGUGUUCGGGUGCGGACACGACAACUACCGCAUCGGCUCGGGCGUGGCCGGGCUGGGAGCCGCCCCGGGCUCCCUCCUCACCCAACUAGGCUACGACAAGUUCUCCUACUGCCUCUUCCCCGCCCGAGGCGGCAAGUACGAGACCAGCACCCUCCACUUCGGCUCCAACGCCGAGGUCUCCGGCUGGGGAGUCGCCGCCACGCCGCUGGCCGUCAAGGGCCUCUUCUACUAUCUGACGCUGGAGGCUAUCUCCGUCGCGGACAAGCGGUUUUACUACCACAGCCCGAAGGCCGGGGCGGGGGGGCCGAACAUCGUGAUCGACAACGCGUCGGUGCUGACGGUGCUGCCGGUGAGAUUCUACGACGAGGUGGAGGUGGCGAUUGCGAACUCGAUCCCGCAGAGGGCGGUGAGGGAUUUCAGAGAGUGGCGGCUGUGCUACUCGGAGAAGUUCGAGAUGCCGAAGAUCACGGUGCAUUUCAAAGGUGCGGAUGUGGAGUGGAGGCGCGAGAAUGUGUUUUGGAGAGCGAGUGCGGAUUAUGAGUGCUUGGCGUUGGAGAAGAUACAGUUAUAA